AUGAACCCAAGUGAAUCGUAUAAAUGCGAAAUAUGCUUUAUGCGCAAAGGCACAUCCACACGAAAGCCACGUUUAAAUCCUCAAGUCGUGGAACAGCAACAGCUGAUCGCCCAGGCCAUUCUAAAAGAGAAAGAUGAGGAUCUUCGGAAGAAGAGACCGGAUAAAAGUUUUGAAAAACCCGGUCCAAACGGAGCGUCCGUCAAACUCAAAAACUUUGAUCGUUCAUCUCCUUUGCUGUUUGAGAUUUUCGCCAACGGUUACAGUGUCGUCAUAACGGAAUUCCAGCUCAAGUCUCGAGUGAAGCCAACUUCAUUCCCUGAUAGUCCUGCUCCUUCCACUUGUUCAUCUUUACAGGGUUUCUCUGGCGUCCCCAAUGCAAGCACCGACCAGCUUUCUCCCGCUGAAUCUUUGUGCUUGCCUGACACAAGCCACCGUGCUCCUGCUUUUGGCGACUGUGACUCCUGUGAUGGCAUCGAUUCAAAGCCACGAUCGCUUUCGGACCCUACAGGAAAAUCGAUUACUGAUAUCAAACCUCCCUUCCUGACGCCUGGUUUGACAAGCGAGGUUUCUGCAUCUCAUCAUCUAUAUCCCGCUUCAGGUUCCACUUGCAAGGCCAAUCUCAGCCGUUCUACUUCUCCCCAAAACUCCGCUGUUCCUUCUCUUGCUGAAGUGAAAAGAGAGCAGGCUGCUCUGAAAGCCGAACAGGCGGCACGUGAUGGCGACGAUGAGUUCGAGAAUGAAGAGGAAUCAAGACCAUAUGUAGGCUCUCGUGUCUGCUCAUCCCGGCGUCUUGGAUCAUCUAAACGCACCCGUUCUUCUUGUUCGAAGUCUGGGCGGGACUUGUACUCCGGAUGUAUUAGUGAAACCCAGGUAACCGGGGCGUCUGUGGAUCCUAACAGUCGACUGCCCAUUCCGAACGAAGCACAGCCGACAACCACACGUCCACGCCGACAGCAUCCUCAAAUCAAUGGGCCUAAUCCUUACGCUUCUCAAUCCUUGCCUGCCAAACGGCGCAAACUUGCUAAUGGUCAUAACAGGCUAUACCAAAAGGAUUCAUCUGUUAAUAAGAAUUCCCACAAAGCUCACCAUUCCGUUAACGUCCGAUCACCGGAAUCGCGCUGGCGUGGUAGCUCGAAAGGGAGGUCUCGUAAACCGCGUCCGAUACGUGUUAAUCGGACCAAGUUGGUAUCGGACCUAAAGACGCACUCGAAUUCUGCUAUAACCGCGACAUCGUUAGAACCUCAUACCUGUCAUAAGAAGAGUCGCAAAACUGCAAACAAAUCCGAAUUAAAGUGCAAGAUUCGUCUUAUCCAUUCCGGUAACCACUCCUCUCAUUCUCCUCCGGGUAGCGACCCCUCCGCGAGUCAACCCGAGUUUUUCAUUUUCCAAAAACUUAAGGCCGGUGCUGCGGAGCUUUCUGGUCCUAGUGAGUUGGCCUUAGAAGCUCGUCACCAACCCCUGCCGGUCGAUGCAGAUGAGCUCAAUCCCACCGCCCAACCCCGUUUAUCAACGGAAUCCAAAAACACCAGUGCCAUGACAGAUAGUAGCGCGGCGUCUGCUCUGGAAAUCUCGCAUUGA